ACAGUGCUCGGAGCACGCGACGGGACAGGACGGGACAGAGCGGUGCCGUGAGGAGCCCCCGCACAGCGCACUCCUUCCUGCCUGACCCGGAGCUUUUCUGAGUUACUCCUACAGCGGACUUUGCAGCCAGACUGCAGGACUGUUUGUCUGAGAGCUUUCCCAAGGCAUCUUUCUACAAGGUGGCCUCAAGGCCAGACUCUGACAUGGCAGGCAGAUUUCCCAACUGUUUCCCACUCUUCAAAGUGUUCAGAAGAGUAAUAAGGAGAGGCUCUAGAGCCCACCCAGCCCAACAGCCUGAAGAGCCAGAGCCGUUUCAGCCAAUGCAGGAUGGUGCAGCCAUGGACCGCACACAAGAGCAGGACCCCACCCGUGGCCGCUUCCGCAGAGCACUGAAGAAGUUUGUGCCUGUUUGGCGUAGAAAGACCAGCACAACAACAGAGGGCACAGCCGAGCCUGACUCCAGCCUGACUGAGCUCCAGGCAGAGCCUCAUGUCAGCCCAGAUUUGCCCGAGCGCUCAGAAGAGUCUGACUCUGCAAGGAGUGAUGACAGGGCACAGGCUGACAUGGCAGUGACUGAGGACGUGGGCAUGACAAUUGCUAACACUGGAGAGACUCAGGGCGUCACAAAUACGGACAACACUCCCACUCUGAGUCAGGAACUUAUAGUGGACUACAUCAAAGACCCCUGUGCUUCUUCUCAGCAGCACUUAAGCAGCCUGUGGCCAGGGCUCGAGGCCUCCCAGGAUUGUGUGCCCACUCAGGCCAUGGUCACUGGGCCCCCUCAGUCUUUGAGGCCAGCACAGCGCAGCAGGAAGGGAAGCAGUUCUCGGGGGAAGCUUGGAAAGCGCUCCAAGUCUUCGCCAUGCCUCCCCCAGGUGCCAGCCAUGGUGAAAAGCAUUCACCAGAGAGUGACAUCCCGGGCACUUUAGAUGCCAGGCUGCGCACUGACAUUCUGAGGCUGGCUGGAGAACACCCUGCUGACGUGGUGCUGACCCUCCUGCGCUGUGCCCCAACGUGUGACAGAGCUGCUGCAAUGAUUUGGAGAGCCAUAGGCACGUCGGGAACAGCACUGGAGAACGUGCUGCCAAUUCUGCUCUGUGUCAUGGACGACUGGCCUCUGCACAGAAUGUGCACCUCUGAUGGAGACAACGAAGAUGUUUUUGCCCUUGCUGCAACUCUGGUGCUCUGGGUGAUGGUCCAGCUGCCUCACUGCCAGGAGGCAAUGAUGAAUGCUUCCUACCCUCUGUUUACGGCUCUGCUCUUGCAAGUUGUCAUCACCACACAGCAGGUGCCACCAGAGGAAGUUGAUAACUUCUGGAGAGUGUGCCAGGAGCAACACUGCCUUCCCAGCAAGCCCAACAGGUUUGCAGUGCAGACCAUGAAGGCUCUGCUCAUCUGUCUGCAGUAUGAGCCUGAGGUGAUGGCAAUAGAGCGCAAGCGUGGCUGGGACACGCUGCUGUGUGCUGAGACCCAGCACUAUGCCGUGGGUCUGCUGGCCAGGGAGAUUCGCUGUGUCUUGAUGCCCUUGUGUUCCCAUGUUGCACUCCACCUACUCCAGCUGCUCAGCACACAGGAGCCACGCUGGGACCUGCCCUUCCUGGCAUUCCUUGUGGAGGUCCUCGAGUGCCUGGAUUUGAGUGAAUGUGGUGACAGCAUCCUUGAGAUCAUGUCAAGGUUCCUGCGGAGCAAUUCCAGGGAGAGGCGUCGCCUGGCGCUCAGAGGCCUUGUGCUGCUCAGCAAGGAUCCCUUGAUGGCCAGACCUAUACGCAGCCUGUCUCGAAGCAUUUUGAAGCUGUUGGCUGGUACAGAUGGAGAGGUGAUCGGCAUGUCCCUCUCUGUGUUCAUAAAUAUGUUCCAGAACAAACACCUCAUGAUAUCCAGCACGGCUGCCCCAAAGCUGGCUGAGCCACUCCUGUCGCUCCUGGAAAACGACAACAGCCAUGUGCAGCUGCUUUCCAUUCACCUCUUCUGCACGGUGAUGGACUUGGUAGUGGACGAGGGAAAAAAGGCCCUGGAGAGAAUUGUGAGCCAGAGCCUGCUCCCACUCUUCUUACACUGCCAUGAUGAGAACCAGCACGUGGCCAAGGCCUCUCGGGAAUCGCUGGUUUGUGUGGCCGGGUAUUUGAGAAAGACACAUCUCCAGAGGGUGCUGAAUACAGGGCAGCUGUGGAAGUUCACCGAGUGCCUGCUGGCAGAGGACAGGAGCCGAGCGGCCGAGCACCUGCGCCAGGCCCUGCGGUACCUGCGGAGCCCACAGGAGCCCCUGCGAGAGGCGGCCGUCAGGUUCAUGGGGAUGGCCAAGCGGUACCUGAGGGAGCACCGGGAGGACCUCCAGGUGCUCAGUGAGGCCAUUCAAGCCCCAAGGAAAGACACCAGUCCAUCCCACUGGAACCUGUGAGCAGUGGGAGAUCAGUUUGCCAGCAGAGCUGAAGAAGUGGGUUCAUCUUGGGGAUGCAGUGAUCCAGUGUCCCAAGAACAGCACCAGGAGACACUGGAUGGCACACCAUAUCCAUGUGUCACUGGAGCUCCAGGGACAGCUGAUGAUUGGCACAGCUGAGCCUGUAGACAGCUCCCGUGGCUUCUGCCCUCUCCCUGCCUGUAGAUAGCUCUCUCCCUCCAGCCCUGAGACCACGCUCAUGCCUUUUUUCCUUUCCGCAUCAUUCCUUUGCUUCACACUGUAUAUUAUCUCUUAGUACUGGUUCUGUAUCUUGUGUUAUAACAAAUAGAUUAAAGUGUUAUCUCUAUG